AAACUACAAUGCCAGAUAAUCUUGGUAUCUCAUUCUGAUGACAGUUCCAGGUAUCUGCUGAACUUCACUGCCUGCCUAGACCUCUGAACCUGACAAGAUGUCAAAGCUUGCUGUGACUCUCUCUACUCUGCUCCUGCUGCUGGUGGCACUGAUGACUCUGGGUGAAACUAGUAAGUAGGACAUGAACUGUCAUCUAAUGUGCUGUUCACUGCCAUCAAUGUGGGCUUAGUCAAGUUUAAGCUACUCUCUUGAGUUUCCCACUUAGUUUUACUUUUAAAAUGAUAAUUGUAUUUUUGUCUUAUCUUAACGUAUGUCUUAAUAUCUGUGAUGUUUGUGUUGUACAGGUCCUCUGAAAAUAGAUAUGCACAAGAACGCACAGAACACAAAAUGCUGCACAGAAUACCAAAAGGACCCCAUCCCCAAGAUGAGGCUGAGAGAGUACGCAAUCCAACAUAUCAGAGGGAGAUGUAACAUCAAGGCUGUGAUGUAAGUAUACAGCUAUAUCAAGUCUUUAAACAGAAGAAAUAGGCUUUUUGCGUGCUUAUUCCUCCCAUUAACUAUGGUAGAGAGCAUUACAAACUAACUACAACUAGGAAGAGCAGAUGUAUCAUUCAGUUCUUUCCUGUUUUCUAAUAUUUUUUUUUAGAAGAGAUCAUUUUCUGAAUGUUCAAGUGAAUCUUUUACAGCAGUGGGCUACAGUAAAUCAGAGGUCACACAGAGUGUUUCUUUGUGGUCUUAAACAAAUCUACAUGGAAACAACAGUAUACAUCUCACACACAUUAUAGGCUUAAAAAAAAGAAGACACCUGUACCGUGUCAGAUAUAGAGUUGAAAUGUAUUACAUUUUGAGUUUGUGUCCCAGUAUUACACUUUAUAUACAUCACAGAAGACUGAAAUAUGACAAAAAACGUUUGACAUAGAAACACCAGAUUGUCGGCUGCUUUAAUUGUUAUUAAUUAUGAAAUUAUGAAAAAUAUGAAUAACAUUUCACUCAUGAGGCAACUAGGUGAUUUGACUGCAGGAAAGGGCUACCAGGCACAUUUAGGGAUUGAUUGUUGAAAGUGAUGUAAGGAAUGUCAAUGUUUCUAAAUCAUUCUCUCCUCUCUCUCAUAGAUUCACCACUGUGAAAAGGGAUUGGGACAGACCUGUCUGUGCCGACCCCAACCAGCAGUGGGUACAGGAUGCCAUUAAACACAUCAAGUAAGCUUAAUUAGUUGUAUUUUAUUAUAUGUCAUAAUAUUAUUUUGCUGUAACUGAAGAAUACAGAAAAACGUGUAAACUCAAAAUACAAUGAAAUACAUGCAUUGUUCUCUCAUUGUGAAGGUCAUGAAUAGCAUUGUAAUAAACUGUAGGCUAUGGUUAACUAUAAUGUACUCUAUUAUUUUCUUACUAAGGACCAAAAGGAUGGCAGCCUGAAGAUCAUCAUCUGAUUGGCUGAUGACAGACAUGACACAAGGCUUCUUUAGUUACUGUUUGAGUGUGGAAAGUACAGUACUCAGUGGUGUGAUGCAAAUGUUCAGUACAAUAAAUAAUAUUGUAUCUAUUUUUAUAAUAAAUUGUUAUUUUUUCAUCAUGGUGUGGUUCACUGAAUGCAACAUUAAUCUCCAUUUUAGAUUCAGAUGGAACCUAAGUAAAUGCUGUAUUCUGGUAUAUAAUUCAGUAGUAAAUCACAUAUAUCUUUACACCCAGAAUUUCACUGAAACUGUCUCAUAGGAAUCAUCACUGUGGCAUUGUGAAGGACUCUCUGACCAAUCAGGUUGUCUG